GACCAUGCUCGACGACUUCGAGAAGCUGCGGACAGCCAGCGGGUCUGAGGAGUGGAGACAUCGACGGUCCAUGGAGCUGGGCUCGCUGGUACAGAGGAGGCUGGCUUAUCUACAGAACCCAAAAGACUGUGAAAGCGCCAAGAAGGUAGUAUGUAACCUGCACAAAGGGUGCGGGUUUGGAUGCCAGCUGCACCACCUGACGUACUGUAUGAUCACGGCAUACGCCAUGCAGCGCACGCUCAUCCUGGAGUCGAAGGGCUGGCGGUAUGCGCCCAAAGGCUGGGAGACUGUUUUCAUGCCACUCAGCGAGACCUGUACAGACAAGGGAGGCGGCUCCAAGAUACGAUGGGGGCCCUCGAUGUCUGAAAUGGAGCGUCACCAGAUCCUGGAACUGCCCAUUGUGGACAGCCUUCACCCACGGCCGGAGUUCAUGCCCCUGUCUGUGCCUGCUGACCUGGCACACGACCUGUCCACCAUUCACGGUGACCCCCCAGUCUGGUGGAUUGGUCAGAUGCUUCAGUACCUGUUCCGACCUAACAAAAGGCUGCAAGAUGAUAUAGAUGCCACGGUCAAACGCAUGGGAUUCCGCAGCACUAUUGUUGGGGUUCAUGUGCGGCGAACAGACAAGAUCAACUUGGAAGCAGCAUUCCACCAUCUGGAUGAGUACAUGGUGCAUGUGAAGGAGUACUAUGACCAGCUGGACCGUAGGCACAACGGCACGCAGCGCCGUGUUUAUCUCGCCACUGAUGACUCGGGCGUGUUGGAGGAAGCCAAGAAAAAAUAUCCUAGUUACAAGUUUAUCAGCGACAAUCUCAUCUCAAAGUCUGCUUCGUUAGGCACCCGUUACUCGGACAACUCUCUCCGUGGCAUCAUCAUUGACAUCUACCUCCUGUCCCGGUGUGACUUCCUCGUCUGCACAUUCUCUUCCCAGGUUUGUCGUGUGGCAUACGAGAUCAUGCAGACACUCCACGGUGACGCAUCGGAGAAGUUCCGCUCCCUAGACGAUGUCUUUUACUACGGGGGUCAGAAUGCCCAUGACCUGAGGGUGCUUGAGGCACAUCCUGGGGACGGGGAUUCCAUGGUGGAGAUCAAGAUUGGCGAUGCAGUGGGCAUUGCGGGUAACCACUGGGACGGUUACUCCAAGGGCACGAACCGCCGGACAGGAGCCAGUGGGCUGUACCCGUCAUACAAGGUAGAGAACACUGUGGUUGCCGUCAAGAUGCCCACUUAUCCCGAGGUCCCCCUGGACAGUAGCUGACCCCCAGACAAGUGAUGGGAGAACAGGAUUGCAAGGGUUUGGAUCUGUUGCUGCUUUUGCCUUGUGUGUUAGCUGGACAUGACAGAGUUGUUUAGCUUCCUUGAAGAUAUCCAUGAAGGAACGCCAUGUGAUAUAUUAUCUAUAUAUUUAUAAACAAUCGUUGGUGUUUUUAAGGAAGGGACACGGACAUUCAUCUUUCACUUUGACGACUUCCCCCUGAAAUCCUGUGCUUAGCUUUAUUUUAUUGUCUCUGACGUCAUAGUACGUUAUGUGCUAGUAUUAUGCAAAUGUGGAAGAAGUUUUGUCACUGUGGCAUACUGGAGUUUAAUUUUAAAAGACAGUACAUCCAGUUUCGUAAAAUUUAUGGGAGAGCCAAAAAAACAAAUUUUUGCCUCUUAACAGCCAGCCGCUUUGAAUAUCUUCAAAACACUUUCCCCACCUAAUUUAUUAAGAUAUCGAUACCAGACUAAGACAGAAAUGUGCACCGUGUUUUAAACUUUCAAGUGGAAACGAUAACUCAAUUUCAUCCAAAACUGGAUAUCCUGUCUCUUAAGAUUGAACUCAGCAUAAACCUCUUGGACUGUAACAUCAUCAUCAUCUGAAUGAGAGCUUAUUGACAGUGGCACUUGGAAAAGAAGAGAGGACAUAUUGUGAGAAAGACAUGAGAGAGAGAAGUGAUGUGAAAUCAUUAAAUAUUUCAUCAAAAAUUAUUCCUCACAGUUUCAUUACAACUGGCGAUGUGAAUAGAGUGAAGAAGGGAGUAACAGAUAACUAUGUACAAAGAGAUGUGUGUGCUGAGUUCAGAUAUGAGCAAUAUUGAAAACCUCUUGUGAUCAUUUCUACUUAAUGUUUGAUUAAAGUAUUCUCUUUAAAGAUUCCACCUAAAUUUCUAAAUAUUUCAUCACAAACUUAAAAUGAAGUAAUCUUCUCCUUUCUGGGGCUGAUGACCUAUUUUAUUGGCCUAUUUUAUGAGAAGUUCAGCCUUUUCUUGUUAUCUGGCAGAGUGUUCUGCAAUAGAUAACCAUUUUGCAGGGAGGGCACCAGUAUUUGUAAAAGAUAAAAACUGUUUUGUUUCUGGAGAUGGAUUAGAUCCUAGGAGGUUUUUUUAAUAUACACUUGAUUGGUACUGGAGUGUUUGCCCACAUAGUAUUAUGUGGAGUCGAAAUCCAUCUAAAGAUAACUACACUGGAAUGACUGUUUUCGGUAAUUUUUGCAGCUGUUUAGGCCAAGCCAAGGUGAACAAUGUUGUGUAGACAGUCGAAGUGAGUUGCUUGUCAGUCAGAACAGGCAGUAUGUAUUGUUUGAGGAGUCUGUGAUCAUAAUGGUAAAUAGCAAAUAUACCCAGUUCUGUGUCCAUUUGCUAGCUUUGACUCAACACAUUGAUUGUUUCAAUUUAGUUGAGACAUGCACUCUAGUAUUUCUGAAGAUGAUUUUUUGGGGCCCUGUUGUAGUUGUCAAGCAGCUCAAUUCUCCUGGACACACAACAUGCCGAUGUUUUACUUGAGUUCUCUCAUGUGGAGAAUUUACGCAUUCCUUGAAUGAUGAUAGAUUUUGUUUGGCACUGUUUUGACAUUUUGACUGAGCUCCUGUCCUGCAAGAUUGGUGUAGAGGAGUACACAGUGGAUGUUACAAAGGACAUGUUGUUUUACAUUGAAACUUGCCACUCUAGAUCUGGUGCUUUUAGCUGUUGUUGUAUCCCUCGUACUUAAUCCUUUCCCAGCCCUCUUGGUUCUAUAGGGAUACUUAAGUAGUUUGGUAGAAGUUUUUAUGGGAAGUAUGCACAGUGAAGUAAUGGGACUUGGGUAUUAUAAUGGUCAAAUGAACAAGGUUUCAUGUGUUUCUCUCAAACAACCAUAACCAGCAGAAGUCAGUGGUGCAGGUCACCACAAUCAGUCUAUGUGAGGAAGGAAUUUGUGCUGCUGGUGUAGAGUGAGAGAUAAGAUAUUUGCUUUGUGGAGCUAUAGUGUAGUGGUUGGCUCUACAAACCAAACUGGACGGCUUUGUCUCUUAGUGGAUGCUUGGUGGGUACCCAGGUGUGGUUUAUUCCUUCUUUCCUAUCGAACAUUUACAGCAUUAUUCUUAUCUCUCAAAAAGGGUGAACUGGUAAAGGUUUACACCCCCUAUCAACACUAUUAGGUUAUUAGUCCUCAUCUUUCUUUCCUUUCUUUGUAUGUUACGUUCUAGUAACACCUCUUAUUUCACCUAUUUGUAUUGCAAGUGCAGUAAAACUCUGACUAAAAUUUAUAACUCUUGUACCCUUUCCUGAAAUAUUCCAGCUUUUUAAAAUUUAAGUUUUCAUUUUAAAUUUUCUCAAGAAGUCUUGAGCAAAAACUACAAAUAAAACACUUGCCUUUACUUCUUUAAUCCAAUGUAAUUAGUGCAGUGUGAACAGAAGAAUAAAUACAUGCAAUAAAUAAUUUGUAACUGAAGCUGAUGGCACCGCCUUUUUAUGGUCAUUGGUGAUGAGCAUAUAUCUACGCUUUCUACUGACAAAGGAACAGAUGGUUUCUCUGAGCUUUUAUUGUUUGAAAAAAAUUUUAUUAAUAUAAAGAAUGAUGUAAGUAAAUUUGUU